AUGGGUGAAGCACCGCUACCAAACGAGCACCUGCUCGUCAUCUUUAACCAAGAAAUCGCUAUUCAUGUGAAGGAAUGGGCAGAAAAGAGAUUUUCCGAUAUCGAACUCACCCUCUAUCAGUCAAUCAGGGGCGUUAAAACGCCACGGGAGCUCUAUCACAAUGCCACAAUCCUAGUGACAUUCAACGAUCUUCCCGAACCCGAGGAUUCAUUCAAUUUAAAGCUGAUUCACACGCUCUCCGCGGGUGUUGAUCAUCUCUUGAACAAUCCGAUCUUCAAGUACAGCGAGAUCCCAUUCACCACUAGCUCCGGCAUUCAUGGCCCACCAAUUGCCGAGUGGACCAUCAUGAACUGGCUUAAAGUCGGGAUUCUCGGAUAUGGAAGCAUUGGUCGACAGAUUGCUCGAGUUUCACAAGCCCUGGGUAUGUCGGUUUACGCCUAUACUGCUUCGCCCCGUCCAACCCCGGAGUCCCGUCACGACAAUGGCUUCAUUGUACCAGGCACCGGAGACCCAGAAGGAACAAUUCCCGUAUCCUGGCACCACGGUACAGGUAAGGAGGCGAUUCAUGAAUUUCUAUCAUUGGGUCUAGACCAUCUUGUCGUGUCUGUCCCUCUAACCGCGCAAACGACCAAUUUGCUCGGUGCCGAAGAAUUCGCACUUUUGGCUAAGCACAGCACAAACCCCGCGAAGAAGCCUUACGUGACUAAUAUCUCACGUGGAAAGGUACUUAAUCAGGAUGACUUGAUUGAAGCUCUUAAGUCUGAGCAACUUGGUGGAGCCGCUCUCGAUGUCACUAAUCCUGAGCCUUUGCCAUCUGAUCACCCCCUGUGGGAUACGCCAAAUGUUCAAAUCACUCCUCAUAUUAGCGGAUCAGGUAGAGAGUAUAUCCCGCGAUCGCUUGAGAUUGUUAGGAUUAACAUUGAUCGGACGAAGAAGGGUCUGCCUUUGAUCAAUGCGUACAAACGAGGAAAUGGCUACUGA